GAGUGCAGUCUAGCAAUGUCGCAUCGGGAGCCCACGAAAAUCACAAGUGUUCUACCGAAGCGUCGCCAGGACGUGAUCCGUUGGGAUGGUUGGGGCUACAAGGAUUCGCGGUUUGUAUACAAGGACGAAACGGUGAUGUUCCUUGGCGACCGCUACCCGUUGAACGGAAAUUUGGAUAACUUUCGAGAUUGGGUUGCUGCAAUGUUCGGAAUAGACCUGUCGGAAAUAAGUAAACAAUCGGUUCUGCCAGAGAUAUUUCCAGAACCCAUGAGAAAUGAAGAGUUUCUCAAUGCACUUGCUGAGGUGAAAAUCGACUUCACUGAAGAUGGAAUGGAACGCGUGAUGCGGUGCCACGGACAAACCUUACAGGACAUUCAAAAUUUGCGUCAGCAUAAUUUCAAAAGAAUUCCGGAUGUGGUUGUUUGGCCAGAAUGUCACGAUCAUGUGGUGAAGAUUUUACAUUUGGCCGAUAAGCACAACAUCGCCCUAAUUCCAGUUGGUGGUAACACAUCAGUGUCUCUUUCUUCGACAACUCCAGAAAUCUUCGACCGAACCAUUGCAGUGUUGGAUAUGACUCAGAUGAAUCGAAUGCUGUGGAUUUCAGAGGAAAAUUCAACUGCUUGCUUCGAAGUCGGAAUCGUGGGUCAGGAUAUCGAAAGGGUUCUCAGUAAGCGUGGUUUCACAUUGGGUCAUGAACCCGAUUCGCAUGAAUUUUCAACAUUAGGAGGAUGGAUCGCAACACGUGCUUCUGGAAUGAAGAAAAAUCGCUACGGAAACAUUGAAGACAUUGUAAAACGAAUCAAAAUGGUCACGGCUAAGGGUGUGUUGGAGAAGCAGUUCACAGCACCAAGGUGUUCAAUUGGGCCUGAUUUCGACCACGUAGUGUUUGGCUCGGAAGGAACCUUAGGAAUUGUCACGGAAGCUGUUGUGCAACUGCGUCGCAUUCCGGAUAUCCGUCGCUAUGAAUCGCUGGUGUUUCCCGACUUUGAAACAGGAGUUCGGUGCUUGAGAGAAGUUGCGGAAAAACGCCUGCAACCAGUCAGCAUACGGUUGAUCGACAAUAUCCAAUUCAAGUGUAGCGUUUUGCUGGAUCCUGCUGGGGUCUGGUUUUCGGGAUUAAAAGAGCAGCUGAAAAAGUUCUAUCUCUCGUUUAUCUGUGGCUUCGACAUGGACAAAAUUGUGGCAGCAACGGUAUUGUUUGAAGGAGACGCAGAAAGCGUCUCCAUGCACGAAAAACAGUUCUAUGCGAUUACGAAGAAAUACGGAGCCAUUAAAGGUGGUGAAAAGAAUGGGAAAAAAGGAUACCAGUUAACUUUUGUGGCAUGUUAUGUUAGGGACAUUGCCUGGGACAUGAACAUCGUUGGAGAAUCGUUUGAAACGGCUGUCUCAUGGGACAAGUGCAUUCCUUUGUACAACAGCGUUUUGGCUCGUAUGGAAAAAGAACUCAUCAAACGUGGGAUUAAGCAUUACGCGAUGUCAGGACGAGUUACGCAAAGCUACGACACGGGAUGCAGUGUGUACUUCUAUCUACUGUUCAGACACAUGGAUGAUCCGGAAAAUUCGCUGAAAAUGUUUAUGGAGAUUGAGGAGGCUGCAAGAGAUGAGAUUUUGGCCUGUGGAGGAAGUCUAAGCCACCAUCAUGGUGUGGGAAAGUUAAGAAGCAAAUGGUACCCGGCUGUGGUUUCCCACGUUGGCGUUGGUCUUUACCGCGCUUUGAAGAACGAACUGGACCCAAACAAUAUUUUCGCUGCUGGAAACAUAUUGCCCGAGAACCCUAAAGUAUCAAAACUGUGAAAAUAUUUGGUGAAAGACCGUCCCCUUUCAGUUUUUUUCGGGUUGUGAAUUUUUUUGUU